GGUCGGUAGCAGGAACAAACCAUGAAUGGUAGAAAAUGCAAGUACGAUCGUAAUCAAACCUUCGUCGGAGCCGAACUCCCAUCUCCCACGUAACCAUAAUCGUUUAUAAUCCCAUUCCAAUUCUCUCAGCUCCAUCCCAAACACUCUGUUAGCGUCUCUAAUGGCUACACUUAACAUAAACGCAGCUCAUAAGCUCACAACCUCCUCCUUAAAUCCUCAACCCCACAAACCCAGUUCUCUUCCUUUCUUCUUGUGUGCCCAGAACUUCAGCAGACCUGGCCCAUCGAAGAAAUGGGUCAUCUCGGCCCGGAAAAAACGAAGCUUUACUGUUGGGUCAGUGACGGAGGACAGAGAGGUGGCUGCUGAUCAAGAGAGCCGGUUGUUGGUUGAUGGGUCUGAAGAGUUUGUGGGUCUUCAAUCUGAAUCGUCUGGUUCUGGAGGAAAUGGAGAUGGGGAGGAUUUGGAUAAGUUGACCAGUAGAGCUGUCAAUGCUUUGAUUGUUCUCGGCUUUGGGACCUUUGCGGUGUCUAAGUUGCUUACGAUUGACCAUGACUAUUGGCAUGGAUGGACCCUUUACGAGAUAGUGAAGUAUGUACCUGAGCACAAUUGGAUUGCCUACGAACAAGCCCUCCAAGCAAACCCUGUUUUAGCCAAAAUGGUGAUAAGUGGGGUAGUCUAUACUCUAGGAGAUUGGAUUGCCCAAUGUUAUGAAGGGAAGCCGCUUUUGGAAUUUGAUAGAACACGCAUGUUCAGAUCAGGGCUUGUAGGGUUUUCCCUCCAUGGAUCCCUUUCUCAUUAUUAUUACCAAUUUUGUGAGGCUCUCUUUCCUUUGGAAGAUUGGUGGGUUGUCCCGGCCAAAAUAGCCUUUGACCAAACAGUGUGGGCGGCUAUAUGGAACAGCAUCUAUUUUGUGGCUUUGGGGGUCUUGCGUUUUGAGUCCCCAACCAAGAUUUUUGAUGAACUGAAGGCUACAUUUCUACCCAUGCUGACUGCAGGAUGGAAACUUUGGCCAUUUGCUCAUCUAGUUACCUAUGGCCUGAUUCCUCUUGAACAAAGGCUUCUUUGGGUGGACUGUGUGGAGCUUAUUUGGGUUACUAUUCUCUCAACAUAUUCAAAUGAGAAGUCAGAAUCCACUAUAUUGGAGGUAUCGUCUGGAGCAGAUUCCACUUCUUCGUCAAGCAGUUCUCGUAAGGACUAAAUGUUAUAUGGUACUGAGAAGAAGUUUUCUAUAGUAAUCACCAUAUCCACUCAUUUAGUGUUCUGAGGCCAGAGGGAAAGCGCAAAUCCCAGAUGUGCAGUAAGGGAGAUCAUCAUCUAUUGAUUGACUAGACUAGCACCCCUAUAGCUUCAUAGAGAAACCAGCAUUCAUCGGUUCGGGUAACUAACGUAUAUAUACACGAUGCAAAUAAUUUUUUUCUUCAUCAGAUAUGUUGUAUGUCUGUUUCAAAUUGAAUCAGCUCUUCCUGGUCGUCACAUGUUAUAUAGAAUUUAAUCGAGUAGCUGUAGAAUUUGACAGGCCUGCGGCAACUCAUGUAAUAGUAUCUAUAGUCUGUAUACUUAUAUCCAUAGUGCUAUUAAGAAGAUUUCGUCUCUCGCUA